CUCAAAUACCUCUUCUUUUUCUUCAGCAUUCCAAACACCAUCUCCUAAUUAUUUCUUAACACAAACCGGCCCGACAACAUGCUUAUAAAACAUACUAAUCAUCUUGUAAUCGAAAUUAUGAUAGCCCUCAUAUUGGGCUGCAAUUUCGACAAGAACAAUAAAAUGAUCUCAAACAAAAACUUUGCGGUCUCAACGACAGAUAUUCAUCCACACCAUGCAACGAUUACUUCACUGUCGAAGGAAUUAACGUUUGAUGGUGAUCUUGAAUUCCAUAAUCUUCACUAUGCUGCCAAAGAUUUCGGAAACAGAUACACUCACCUCCCUGCAGCCAUUCUAUACCCAAAAUCAGUUUCCGAUAUUUCUUCACUAAUAAACCACAUAUUCCAAAUGGGCCCCACAUCGGGCUUAACCGUGGCACCACGUGGUCAUGGUCACUCACUUGUUGGUCAAGCCCAAGCCCAUCAAGGUGUGAUCAUAAACAUGGAAUCGCUAGGGAAAUCUCAACAAAUGCAUUUUCACAUUGAUUAUAAUAAAGACACAAAAUCGUCGUUUGUUGAUGUCUCGGCUGGUGCACUUUGGAUAGAUAUCUUGCAUGAAGGACUCAAAAAACACGGGUUUGCACCGAAAUCAUGGACGGAUUAUCUUCAUUUAACGGUUGGUGGUACGUUGUCUAAUGCCGGAAUUAGUGGACAAGCUUUUCGACAUGGACCUCAAAUCAAUAAUGUCCGGCAGCUUGAAGUUGUUACAGGGACAGGAGAAAUAGUUACAUGCACUAAAGAAAUGAAUUCUGACCUUUUCUAUGGUGUUCUUGGAGGACUGGGACAGUUUGGCAUCAUCACUAGAGCUCAUAUUUUGCUUGAACCAGCACCAACAAUGGUUAAAUGGAUUAGAGUUCUUUACUUGGAUUUUACUACAUUUACACAAGACCAAGAGCAACUAAUAUCAUCGGGUUCAUUCGAUUAUGUAGAAGGGUUUGUUUUGAUAAACAGAACUGGUCUACUUAAUAACUGGAGAUCAUCUUUUAAAAACAAAGAUCCGGUUCAAGCUGAUCGGUUUGUUUCUGAAGGGAAGACCAUGUUCUGCCUGGAAAUCGCAAAGUACUUUAAGCAUGAAGAUGCAGAUACCAUUGACCAGAAAGUUGAAAAACUAUUGUCGAAAUUGAAUUACAAUGAAUCCACACUCUUCAUAUCAAAAGUAUCAUAUGUGGAAUUUUUGGAUAGAGUGCAUGUUUCUGAGUUGAAACUGCAGGAGAAGGGCCUAUGGGAUGUCCCUCAUCCAUGGUUAAAUAUUCUUGUUCCAAAAAGCAAAAUCCACAAAUUUGCUAGUGAAGUUUUCGGAAAAAUCCUCACUGACACGAGUAACGGACCGAUACUCAUCUACCCAGUUGACAAGUCAAGGUGGAAUACUAAAACAUCAAUGGUGACCCCGAACGAGGAUGUGUUCUACCUUGUGGCAUUUCUCUCAUCAGCAAUGCCAUCUUCGAGAGGAACAGAUGGACUAGAUUACAUUCUGAGCCAAAACAAAAGGAUUCUAGAAGUAUGUGAAACGGCUAACCUUGAAACGAAGCAGUAUUUGCCCCAUUACACUACUCAAGAAGAAUGGAAAAAACAUUUUGGGAGUAAAUGGGAAGACUUUGUUAGGAGAAAACUCACAUAUGAUCCUCUAGCUAUACUAACUCCUGGACAGAGAAUCUUCCAAAAAUCAACUAGUUUAGCAUAACGAUGACAGCUUGUAUGAAUGAAACCACGAGUAUUCAACAUUCUAGCUCGAGUUAGACCUCGCAAAAAGGCUAUAAACUGCUUAAAUUGUAAAUAAAAUCGGAAAUAGUUUGUAAUUUCAAGUGUAGCAUUUGUAGUAA